CCCAAGUAGCUAGUUAACGUUGCGGUCAGUCAUAUCAAAUAUAUGGGAGGUUAAUAAUUCAUCAUGGAUACUUCUCUGUCUCAAUUGACGCCGGGGGACCCUGAACUGGUCAAUGCCAUUGUACAGCAGUUAAAAUCUGGAGGGAAAUUUGACCAAUUCAGAAAAGAAUGCCUUGCUGACGUUGAUACUAAGCCUGCAUAUCAAAAUCUGCAGCUAAGAGUUGAGAGUCAAGUGAAGAAAUAUCUCUCACAAACGGAGUGGAAAGCUGACCUCAAUAAGAACCAAUUACGAGAUGGAGUGCGUAAACACGUCCAAGAGAGUGGAAUGCUGGACACUGGAAUUGAUACGAUCAUCAACCAGGUUGUGAGUCCAAAAAUACAAAGUUUCAUUUUGCCAUGCGUUCAAGAGUCUGUCUAUGCUUUCCUCAACAUUGAUCCAUCUAAAUUCACUGAAGAUGUCCCGUUGGACACACGAGUUGGAGAUGAAACUCCAAAAGACAGUCACCAUUGUAAUCUUACUAGCAGCAUGGGAUCUGGACCUCUGCCUCCUCCUGGACAUGCUAACCAGAUGUAUUCAUAUGCCUAUCCCCCUCAACAUCCACCUCCUCAUUAUCCUCCUCAGCAUUUUGCUCCUCCAUCUUCCCACUACCCUCAUCAUCCCCAGCACCCGCCCGUCAUGAUGCCUCCGGUGCCUAUGGAGAUUCCUACAAUGGGACUCCCCAUCCCAAUGGAAGGACCGCCUUUGGGUCCUCCUCCAUCAAUUGCGCCUCCUCUUCCUCUAGAUGCCCCGCCAGUGAUGCCACCUGUACCUCCUAUGGAUAUACCGCCAAUGCCCCCCGCCAUGCCCAUGGAUGGUAACCUUAUGGGUUCUUCUGUUCCUGGCCCUCAUUUCGGUCACCAUCCCAUCCCUCCUUCCAUGAGUCAUUUACCUCCUCCGGUCAUUGGACAUACAUCUACGUUUUCUGAAUCUGUCUGUGCUAUGGACAGUCCCGCUGAUGAUUCUGUCUCGAGUGAUUACAUUCGAGAGCGGCGCGAUUUUCGGGCUACCGACUUGCUUGAUCCAAGACCUCGUCCUCCAAGUCAUGCUGAUGACACACAUUCCAAUGAUCGCUCGGACUAUAAAAAUAAGCUCGAUGCCAAGAAAACACUGGAAAUUGAAGAUAAAGAAAGUCGACGUGAACAUCGGCAUAGGCAAGCCCUCAGAGAAAGUCCCGAGUCUCUUGAUAAAUUUGAUUCCAGGUGCGCGGCGCGUCAACUCGAAAGACGCCGCCCCCGAGACUUGAUAGACUCUGACGAUGAGUAUCGAGUUGCCAAGUAUGAUGAUGUACACAAAGGAAGCCCGGAAAGAGAAGAGCACCGAAAAAGUAGGCGUGAAGGAGACAAAUACGAUCGCCACAGGCGCACAUAUGAUGAAUUUCGUCGUGGCAGUGAUGAUGAAACCCGGCGUAGACCGAGAGGUGGUCAGCAUGAACCGCGUGCAGGCGGCUCGAAACAAUACGAGGACCGACGGUACGACUCGCCUGAUGCGUCCAUGGACUAUGACACUGACUCGCCUCACGUUCCUGAGAAAAACCGACGGCGGCCGACGUUUGAGAAUUAUCCUGAGGCUCACAGCAGUCAGGAGCACAGACCUCGACAUCCGCCGUCGCUCCACGACGAACUUCCGCGACCUCCUCGCUCGCCACUCAUGCCCAUAGAGACUGACGUGAUAUCGUCAGAGGAGGACGAUAUUCUGGGUGCUAAAAGCUCCUCCGUUAGCCCUGAUGCGGCUAAGGAGGUAUCUCAUGUUGAAGGAGAAGACGCACGUGAUGGCUACUCUAGCCCAGCCAGCGCUGGCUCGGAAACAGUGGAAAGCAAAGUGAAACUGCUUUCUCUGCACGAUACUUCAGGCCCUCUGUUUGACGCGCAAUCUUUGGACAGCAUCUCUUCUAACUCUUCUGGCUUGUCCUUCUCCGCUUCCAAGUCUUCCAAGGACGGAAGCUCUUCCUUAAAUACCAGCCAGACAUCACUUAAUGGUGGCGAGUCAAGCGCCGCUCCGAAAACGUCCGCUGCGAUGAUGGAAGUACAGCCGGGUGCUGCUGGACCUUCUGGCGAUAAUCUACUUUUAGGUGCGAGUCCUGUUAGUGCUGACGACGACUCCUGCGCUAGCCCAAUUACUCCUACGUGCGAGGCAUCUGGCAAUUCCUUAGCUGGUGUCAGAUCUUCCUCACUAUCUCCUACGAGUAUCAGGCCUCCUUCGUCAAUUCCUGCUGUUCCCAAGAUUAUUGAAAGGCCUUCUUCAGCGUCUCCUGAACUUGCUCGACGCCCUUCACCACCUUCCUUAGGCGCUGGAACUCUAUCAACGCCUCCUGCUGUAGAAACCAGACGUUCACCUGCUGCAGAUGCCGAUCCUCAUUCGCAACCUUCAGUAACUGGUAUCGAAUAUCCCUCUAAUGGUACAUCACCAAUUUCUGGAUCUCAGUCAUGCUCAGCCCAAUGCUCGGCCGAUGGAGACUUAAGGGCCGUUCCGACUCCUACAUCUAAUUCCACUGUUUCUGACCACUCUGCAAGCGUCAUUACGACUGCUAUUUCUGAGGCAAACGAUGUCUUGCCUCUGCGUUCUGCUGUUGAUCCACUCUCUUGUAUUGGUUAUUCGGUAACUGAUGAUAAGUCUAAGCCUGUAGGAGAGAAUCGCUCAUCUUCAUGUGCGACUGCCACCACUGAAGUAACUGCCAACAAGGAAAACAGUGCCGACACCGAAAGAGUUUCUGAAGCAAGCCAAGCUGUUACUGACGACCAUUAUGCUCAUCGACCUCUACCCACAAGCCGUAAGGACGACGAUGAUGAUGAAAAAGGUGGUAAUGGCGGGAAUGUUGGUCAGAGUACGCAGCCAAAUUCAACUUUAGCCUCGCACUCAGGAUCCACCCUAUCGGUCUCUCAGCUAACUUCUCAGCCAACACAAGCCUCUCAACGCCCAGGCACUUCACAACAGCAGGCUAUGAUCCAAUAUAAUCGAUCUACUUAUCAAAACGUGGUAAAUGCUUCUUGGCCUCCAAACAAAACGGCAUCUGUUGAUGAUAAGGUCCGUGAACUUAGUGAGGUGGAAAUUAUAGCCAGGACUGAAGCUGUGUAUUCCGGUUACAGUUCUACUAUGAAGGUGCCGGGUAUGGACUCGUCAGCUGCUUCUGGCAAGCCAUCGAAUGCUUUACAAUUAAUUCCUGUCCAAAAACCUGCUCAUGCAAAUGUUGUUGCUCGGCCUCAUGAUAUCCCUGUUUUCAAAAAGCCAAAGUCUUCUUUGAAUGUCAAGAAGGAAAAGGAGAAAUCUUCGUCUGCCUUCAAAAAGCCUUCGUCGAACCCACAAGAAAUGAAAGUUGGUCACGUGCCCACUGCUUUUGAAAAUGCUUUGUUGGGACUACCCGUUACUUUGGAGAAUCCGAGAAAAACUGACCUGGAUUCGAAAUUGGGAUCUUCCGAUAACAGAGGCAGUUCUUACAGUAAGAAUCACAAUCGCGAGAAAGAUUCUCACAGAAAUGACCGUGAAAAAUCACGGGAAUCCAAAGGAAGAAGUGAUGAAUCGCGAUCGUCUAGCAAAAGCAUCGACGAAAAAACUCCAUCCAGAGACCGAAAUUACCAUAAAAACGAUAAAAGAGACAAAGAAGGAAAAUCCGAGAAAUCAUCUAGUCAUCAUAGACAUGGCACAGAUAAAUCAUCGUCUGAAAAGCACCGAUCUUCCUCUCAUUCAAGCGAUAAACGCAAACACUCGCACGAUAAAUACGACCGACAUCGAAGCCCAGCAGAUAGGAAAUCAUGGUCUUAUGAUAACAAACGUCAUUCUGAUUCUCACAGAUCCUCUAAGUAUGACAAGCCACGUGAACAUAAACCUGAGGAAGAACCUAAGACAACAAAAUAUAGAGAGAGUGAGACGUCGUCGAGCGUUCCAUUAAAACGAAAAGAACCUGGAAAUGUUUCAUCAUCAAGCACUAACAGCCUUAAGAAGAUGAAAGGCCUCAUGGAAGGGAAUAUGGAUCCAAGUGAAACAUCGGACUUGAAAAAAUCAAAGUCGUCAGUCAACAAGGAUGUUCCUAAGACGAACGGAUUUUCGUCGAACAAGAAAUUGCGUGACUGUUCCUCUGAAGAUGAAGAUCGACACCUGCCCGUGAAGAAACGCUUUGCUAGAACCACCCUAUCAUCUCUGUCAUCCGAAGAUGAGACCAAACCUGCUAAGGUUGAUGUGAAAAAAGUCGAUUCGCCCCGCGUCGAAGUGGAAUGUUUGGAUAAACAUGGAAACGAUUUUCAAUCUACUGAGAAAUUACAUAGGGGAGAAAGACUUGUUAAUCGAUCAGCGAAAGAAAACGGUCAGGAAGAUGCAUCGAAACGCUUUGCAAGAAAAUCUUCUAAGGACGAUUCCCGUCUUCCGGUGAAGAAAAGAAUAAUGAGACGAGCUUCAAGAAAUUCGUCUGAGAGCGACAGUGAACAUGAAGUUUCAAGAGAUUCUUCUUCCAAAUCAACAAAACCUCACUAUCAGUCACUUAGAAACAGGUCUAGCUCAGUUAGUUCUUCCUCAUCGUCUUCGUCAGAUGAUGAAAUUCCUUUGAAAACUGUAAAAACUAUGAGUGCUAAGAAAAUUGUUGAAGGUGUUGGUAUUUGCGAUCGCAACAAAAAUUCGAUUAUAUCUAGUACUAAUGUGCCGUCCAAACUUGGCGAUGAAGACUCUGAUUCAUCAGAUGCCUUUUACGAUGAGCUGAUGAUAGAGGCAAGUAGUAAAAACGCGUCAUCCAAGCGCCGAUCUGUUGGAUCAUUAUUAAGCGCCAGACGAAUAAAUGGGAAAACAUUCAAGUCAUCCGCUAAAAAAUCCAGACCAUCACCAGCUCGCAACAUCAGUGUGACUCAGGAAGGAGUUAUCAUUACUGGCGACCGAGGUAAAAAAAUUCUUCUCUCCUAUGAUGAAGAUUCGCCGAGUAUGUCUAAAUCAUUGGACUUCUUUGGCUCCGGAGAAUCAGAGGUCGAUGAUUUUCAAGGCUUCGGGGAAGAUUCGCAUGGUGCGGAUUGCAAGUCUUCUCCAUUCGUUGUUCUAGAAGAAAUGUAUAAUUUUUCCGGUUUUACAGAUGAUUCUGUUCCUGAUAAUGCUGCGAAGCUUCGAGAGUAUAUCGCGAAAACUGGAAAAUCAAAGAGAAACUAUACCGCAGAAGAUUUAACUAUGACCGUCACUGGCGACAUGUUUGGGCCUGAGCUGCCAAUGAAAGUAUUCCUAGAUGCAAUGGUUAGUUUAGGAGCUAAUGUUACUGGUUUCCACUCUUUUCUUGUUAAUUCGCCACGAAGAAAAAUCGUGCACGAGCCUUCAGGAGGCAAUACUUCAAGCUCUGACGAAGAAGUGAGAAAAACUGACGUCCCUGCAUUUGUGGACUCUGAAAACUGCGACGGUGUUCUUAGCAGCGACGGUGGAGACUCGAAUGAUGACAACGUCACGUGCCGAGGAAGUGCAAAUCUUGACGAAUUACCGAGUUGUGUGAAAAAGAACAGCGCUGCCCUCCCGCCGCCCAGCAAGCAAGUGCAGGACACAGCCCUGCAGAACGAUUCGGUGCUCCUUACUCCGCCCGACGACGAGCAGUACGAACGAAGCUUCACGCCACCCAAAGGCCCAGGUGGUGUCUAUGUUCCACUGUCGCCGUCCACGAGUGACGCAUCCACCGACGCGAGUGCCGUAGUGCACGAAUCGUCAGCUCGUGACUGAGCUUUUAUGAUUUAUGGGAAAUAAAUCUUAAUGUUAGGUCGUGAUUCUGAAUUUGGGAUCAAUGUACUGUAGUGAAUUGGGAGCUUGCAAAUAGAUCGAUUUAUUAGGUCUUGGUUCAGAGUCAAGGAUCAAUGUGCUAUAGGGAAUUGGGAGAUUGCAAAUAGAUCGAUUUAUUAGGUCCUGGUUCAGAGUCAAGGAUCAAUGUACUGUAGUGAAUUGGGAGAUUGCAAAUAGAUCGAUUUAUUAGGUCUUGGUUCAGAACAGGUCUAGAAUCAAUGAUUGCCUAUCAAUGUACCAUAGUAUAUAAAUCUUAAGCUCCCACUCGUACUCUAUGUAAGAUAAUGUGGGAGAAUAGCCUGAAGCCUGUCAUGAGAACGAUUUUGUACAGCUGCGUUAACAUGGCUAUUAUGUGAGCUAAACUUUGGGAUAAAAAAAUAUAUUUUGCAGAAGGCGGGUUUGUUAGUUGCAUAUGUACAUUUUUUAGAGCGUGAAUUUCUACACUUCCCACUUGAAAUUGAGUUUCUGCAAUCUCAACUCGCUAGACUCCAUUAUGAACUUUGAUUUUACUGUUGUCUUGGCUGACAAAAUUAUUCACAUUUAUUGUGCAGCCGACCAUUUUUAUAUUAGUUUUAUUUUGUUCACCGAUGCUCGGAAUCAAAAACUGUUCACUCUUGAAUUAGUGUGAUAUCUAGCAAGCUCGCUAGCCUGUGUUGAACAAAAACAUUCAAAAAAUGUCCAUUCUAUUACAAAUCGCGAUAUCUUUAUGGCUCAGUUAGUUAAGCUGUUGCUCAUUAACGGCAAAUUAUUUACAAUUUUAGGAUUGGCAAUGUAAGUAUUGGAAAGUUUCUUCAAACAAUUUACGUCUCAAUGUGAACUUUUUGUUGUGUGAGUGCACAAGUUUCCUGGUUUCUUUGUUAGUAGAGGUAUGAACUUCAUUUGAAAUUAAGUCACCAAUGCAAGCCAUCUUCUCCCUUUUAUUCUAUUAAAAAGCGACUACACGAUAAAGAUCGUUGUUUAAACUUGGUUAAAUCAAAAACUUGGUAAUAAUUUUCUCCCGAAGAGACACUAGGCGCGUGGUUUCAUUUUAGAUUGCAUUCAGUUCCCACUCGUGAGGUCGGGACCGCGUAAUGUUAAUAUCACGUCACCACUCGCUCCGAAUGAAUUGCUCAUUCCCACCUCUUGUCAAAACUGAACUACUUGCUGAAAUUGAUAAGAAAUGUUCUUCUUUACUAUAGUUGUCUAUCAAUUCAGUUAAUUUUUACUUUUUUCUCCCGUUACUUACUACCCUUCAGUUUUGGAUUGUUCAGGGUUGCUUGAUUUUCCUAGAGUAGUUCUUGUAUGAUUGAGCAUUUUUUUUUGUCUACUCUGCCGAGAAAUAUACCAUUGUAUUGAUAGUCUCUUAUGUUCUUUAUUAUAUUUUACAUCGCUUCAA